UCUACUGCAGUGUACCACUGAUGAAUAGUUCACCAGUGUCCACCAUCUGCCACCAGGACAGCUAUUUAUGGACGAUUAUUCAAAGAAGAUUUGAUGGAUCUGUUAACUUUAAACAGAACUGGACACAAUACCAGAGAGGAUUUGGAUCACGUGACUCGGAGUUCUGGAUAGGUAAUCAAAACAUAUACUACCUAACACAGGAAGGAUAUACGCAUCUUAGAAUCGAGCUGAUGGAUCACAACUGCGUUUGGAAGUAUGCAGAGUACAGUAACUUCUACAUUGAUGGAGAGAAUACCGAAUACAGAUUACAUGUAUCGGGUUAUUCUGGAAAUGCAGGGGACAGUUUUCUUUACCACAACAACAUGAAAUUUAGUACAUUUGAUAACGACAACGAUCUCAACUCUUGGUACAAUUGCGCUCUGGGUAGACUUGGGGGUUGGUGGUAUAACUCUUGUCAUGAGUCUAAUCUGAAUGGUGAGUACGGCAACACAGAUAACUCUAAUGGCAUCAACUGGUACGCUUGGAAAGGAUUCGAGUAUUCCAUGACGGAAGUCAGAAUGAUGGUCAGACAACCUUAGAUUUUUAUCUUAUGAUCGAAGUAAGAAUUUCACAUGAUGUUCA